AUGUUAUUUAAAAACUUCAAAACAAUUUUUACGGAAACAUAUAAGCUUUUUAAUUUAGUUUUAACUAUCCCUGCAACAAGUGUAUCUGCCGAACGAAACUUCUCAUGUCUCAAACGGAUUAAAACCUACCUAAGAAAUACGAUGACACAAGAGCGGCUCUCGGGGUUAGCAAUGCUGUCAAUAGAACAAGAGUUACUGUCAAAUCUCACUACAGACCCACAAUUUUACGACCAAAUAAUCGAUAAAUUUGCAACCCUAAAAGAUAGGCGCAUAGAUUUAAUUUACAAAAAAUAG